AUGCCAUCACGUUAUACUAGACCAUCUGAAGCUCUUGGUGGAGGCACCGAAUACGUUAGUGACAGCAAAGGAUUCGUUCUGAUUGCUCCUAAAUCUGCACAAAAGAUAAACAUCGAAUCUUCUGCUUAUCUCCCAACUUGGGACAGAAAUGAAAGUUACGAGCCAUAUGAAUUUUUAGAGUUCCAUGACCCUGCUUUAAGAGCCAAUAAAGAUUUGCCAAACUUGUUUCCAAAAGAUGGUGAUUAUACAACUUCCAACAUCUCCCCUAAAUUAGGUACAGAGAUUAAGGGAAUACAGUUGUCCCAGCUUAAUGAUGCUGCCAAAGAUGAGGUUGCUUUACUUGCUGCUCAAAGAGGAGUUUUGGUGUUUAGAGAUCAGGACUUUAUUGACAAAGGUCCAGAGUUUGUAACAAAGUACGUUAGCCAUUAUGGUCCGUUGCAUAUUCACCCAACUAGUGGUGCUCCAAAGGGUCAUCCUGAUAUUCAUGUUGUUUUAAGUGGAGAUACUAAGGAGUAUCCGUUUGAAAAGAAAACCAAUCUUGUUGUACUUCACUCAGAUGUUUCUUACGAAUUAAAUCCAACGGCGCUUUCUUUUCUUGCUGCUACCAAUAUUCCUCAGUCUGGUGGAGGUGAUACUGUUUUUGUUAAUACUGUCGAGGCUUAUGAUCGUUUAUCUCCAUUGUUUAAAGAAAAAUUGGAAGGAUUGAAAGCUGUUCAUAGUGCUGUUGAACAAGCCAAUUUUGCUAUUUUUAAAAAGGGUCAUGUCAAGAGACAUCCAGUUGAAAAUGUGCAUCCAAUUGUUAGAACCACUCCUUUGGGACAGAAAGUUUUGUAUGUUAAUAAUGGCUUUACGAGAAAAAUUGAAGGGUUGAAAGAAGAGGAAUCUUCCUACUUGUUGAACUUUUUACUUGACCAUAUUUGGAAAGGUCAUGACUUUCAAAUUAGAGCUCACUGGGAACCAAACACGGUGGUUAUUUUCGACAAUAGAGUUGUUGGUCACAGUGCAAUUCUUGAUUUUGAUACUACUGAUUCAAGAUUGAUCAUCCGUGCUUCUGCCAGGGGCGAGAGACCAGUUUCUGAUUUGAAGGAUUUGAACAAGCCGGAUGAGAAUUUAGUUUACCAUGGUGCAGAAUACUUGGGAGACAGAUUAGAAAACUUGAAAAUUUAG